CUCUAGCCAUUGGGUCUCAGCAUGCAGUGAGUAGCUGGUGUCAUGGUUCAGCAGGAUGUCAGUGGCCUGGGACUGUUCUGCAUGACUUUUGCUUCUGCUGUGAUAUCCAGUCUCAAUUCUGCCUACUUAUCCUUAUCCUGCAUGGCUUGGAUCUGGAAUCUGUUAUCACUGGCCUAUGCUUGGUGUUUGCUUCAGGAGUCUCAGGGAUUCACACACUUGGACUUUACUUGGCUGCAUCUGCCAAACAAUCUAGUCUGCAUUUUGGUUAGCUGGAGACCAACCAGGAUUUUUCUGAUUAUAUCUUCUUCUGAAAAAAAGGAUGCAUGACAUAGAAAGAAGGUCUAAGUGCCUGUCUGAGACUAUUUUACCAAACCUGGGAUAAAUGUUACUUCUCAAAGGUCAACUCUGCUGUAUAUAAAAACAUGCAGUAGAAGUGUGAGGACCUUGUCAAAUGUCAUCUGAAGAAAUGGAAGGCACUAAAAAAGCUAGGGAAGGGAAGGGAGUGAGGGGGAUGGAGGGGCAGAAGGCAGCCACUUCUGUGCUCACUGUCACAGAGGCUGGUAUUUUUGGUAAGGUGAUGACACUGAUGAUGGACAUCCAAAAUUGGCAAGAUGGACAUGCGGGUGAUGGAGUACACAAACAGGUACUGUUGCGUGAUUUACCAUGGAAAAAUUGUUCUGCAGCAUCCUGGUGUUUGGAAUGGCUGUCACGGUCAACGCUUGUCCCAAAUAUUGUGUCUGUCAGAACCUGUCUGAGUCACUGGGGACUUUGUGUCCCUCCAAAGGUCUCCUGUUUGUACCACUAGACAUAGAUCGAAGGACUGUUGAACUUCGACUCGGGGGCAACUUUAUUAUUAAUAUCAGCCGGCAGGAUUUUGCCAAUAUGUCUGGGCUCGUUGACCUCACCUUAUCCAGAAACACAAUCAGUUACAUACAGCCCUACUCUUUCACUGACUUGGAGAGCCUUCGGUCUUUACAUCUGGACAGCAACAGGCUGCCUGACAUUGGAGAGGAUAUCUUGAGAGGCUUAAUUAACCUUCAGCACUUGAUUUUAAACAACAACCAGCUAAGCAGCAUCUCUGAUGAAGCCUUUGAGGAUUUUUUGCUGACAUUGGAAGACUUAGACCUUUCCUAUAAUAACCUCCGAAGCAUUCCCUGGGAAUCUAUAAGAAAGAUGAUAAAUUUGCACCAGCUCAGUUUGGAUCAUAACCUGAUAGAUUAUAUUACAGAGGGGACGUUUGCAGAUCUUCAGAAAUUGGCCAGGUUGGAUCUAACAUCCAACAGACUUCAGAAACUUCCCCCUGAUCCUAUCUUUGCCAGAUCUCAAGUAAUUCCAUUAGCUGUUACCCCAUUUUCUCCACCUUUAUCUCUCAGCUUCGGGGGUAACCCCCUGCACUGCAACUGUGAGCUGCUGUGGUUAAGGCGACUUGACAGGGAUGAUGAUAUGGAAACCUGUGCUUCUCCUCCAGGUCUAAAGGGAAGGUACUUUUGGUAUGUACGGGAGGAAGAAUUUGUCUGUGAGCCUCCUCUUAUCACACAGCAUACUCACAAGUUGCUUGUUUUAGAAGGGCAAACAGCCACACUGAAAUGCAAAGCCAUUGGGGAUCCCACCCCCAUAAUUCACUGGGUGGCCCCUGAUGACCGCCUCAUUGGGAACUCUUCGAGGACAUCCGUUUAUGACAACGGCACCUUAGAUAUUCUCAUCACCACAUCCAAGGAUUAUGGGACUUUCACAUGUAUAGCAGCCAAUGCCGCCGGAGAGUCCACCGCAACGAUCGAGCUCUCAAUUGUUCAGCUCCCUCACCUCAGCAAUGGCACAGGCCGAGCAGCCCCACCAAAAUCCAGGCUCUCAGACAUCACCAGCUCCAGCAAGUCUAACCGAGGGGAAACAAAAGGCCCACCAGAAAGGGCUGUCCUGGUGUCAGAGGUGACCACUACCUCAGCUUUGGUGAAGUGGACAGUGAGCAAGUCAGCCCCUCGGGUAAAAAUGUAUCAGCUGCAGUAUAAUUGUUCAGAUGAUGAAGUCCUGAUCUACAGGAUGAUUCCUGCUACAAACAAAGCCUUUGUCGUAAACAACCUUGUUUCUGGAACAGGCUAUGACCUCUGUGUCCUGGCAAUGUGGGAUGACACGGCCACGACCCUUACUGCCACCAAUAUUGUGGGAUGUGCCCAGUUCUUCACCAAAGAAGACUACCCUCAGUGCCAGUCGAUGCACAGCCAGUUCCUGGGUGGUACCAUGAUUCUCAUCAUUGGAGGCAUCAUUGUGGCGACUCUGCUGGUGUUCAUCGUAAUACUCAUGGUACGCUACAAGGUCUGCAACAAUUCCCAGGGGAAGAUGUCCAACGUCAGCAAUGUCUACUCACAGACAAAUGGAGCACAACCAGUUCAGAAUGGAGUCCUGCCCCAAGUCAACCCCAAAGUGGUGGUGAGAAACGAACUUAUGGAGUUUAAUUGUGAGUCUGUGCGGAGCAGCAUCUCCUCUUCUUCCAGCUCUCUGAAUAGCCGUGACUGUGAUAACUAUAGCCUCCAAAGUGAACAGGGCACAUUGUCCAGUAAGUGGAGGCCCCCCUCCAGGUCAAAACACAAUAUUGACCGGCUAAUGGGAGCUUUUGCCUCCCUGGAACUGAAAUGUCAGAAAAAGGAGGAGACGACAGACUCCAGAACUUCCACUGUGGCUCGUCACUCGGACAAAGAGCCACUGCUGGGCCAGCCGGAGUCCAAAUUUCGCAGCCUCCUCAUGUUGCCUCUGGAGGGCAAAACUAAACGUAGCCAUUCUUUUGACAUGGGAGACUUUGCCACAUCUCAGUGUUGCACCUACCCCAAAAAGAUAACAAACAUUUGGACAAAGAGGAGCCUCUCAGUGAAUGGCAUGCUUUUACAGUAUGAUGACAAUGACCUAACAGGGGCAAAAGGGACUUAUGGGAGUUCAGAGUGGGUAAUGGAAAGCACGGUGUAAAUAUCAGCGUCUCCCCCCAUCUUCUCCCCUCAUGUGUUAUAAAGUGUGGUUUGCUGCAGAGCCAUGCAUUUGGAAGGAGAGGGGAGUAAAUGUUUUCAGAUGCACUGGCCAAUAAGAAAGGUAAAAAUAAUAAUAAUAAUAAUAGGGAUGCUCAAGGAGAAAGAAGGUCCUGAAAUGUGAAUAGGCACGCAUGGCACUAUUCUUGUCUGGACCCAACUGAACCAUGUGUGAUUGUUUCAAGGAUUUUACUAGUUAUAUUUAGCAUUGCUUUCCAAAAGUUUCUCAGACUCUUGGUGAACUGUCAAACAAGAUUAACCAAGGAGGAUGAAAAGGGGUUCAACAACAUAAAUUUAGUUUUAAAGAUUUUUGUUUGUUUGUUUGUUUUUGUUUUUGAGGGGUGGUCUUUUUCUUUUUUCUUUUUUUUUUUUUUUUUUAAGGGCACCUUUUCCUUUUCUUUCAUUCACAGAGAGGAGCUUCUGUGGAUGUAAGACUGGUGUUAGACUUCAUCUGUUUUUUACUGAAAGUGAUUUUCUCAGAAGUGCAGGCAGGACAUCCACAGGGACAGAUCAGAGCAAAUUGUUCAUCUUAAUCUCAUAGUGUUAACUAUGACAGAUUGGAAAAUAACAGUACUUGUUGAGUGGGCUUUUGGUUGGGUUUUAGUAUUUUUUUUUUUAAAUUUUGUUUUGUUUUUCCUUGUUACUGCUUUUGAGUUGAUUUAGUUUUGUUUAGUUCUGUUCUGUUUUCUUCCCUGACAGUGUUUUUCCCUGCAUUUUUGUUUUUGUCUUCAGUUUCUUAACAAAUCCCCUAGAUUAAAAGGAGGAUAUGUACAGAGAUCAAAUUUCUGAAGUACUGUAUAACCCACCUCCAAUACCGCCAAAAAAAAAAAAAAAAAAAAAAAAAAAAAAAAGUGGAAAUCCAGGAGCUAAUAAAUUUUAAAAAAUCAUUCCUUCUUCCAUCUUCUUCAUAGUCUUGGCUUCUCAGUGCUUAAAGUGGAUUGCAACAGCUAUUGAUAUUUGUGGGGAUUUUGCUAUCAAAGAUGGGGAAAAUAGAUACGAAGAUUUCAUAUUAAAGGAAAAAAGGGAAAACCAAAGUGUCUCCCAUGAACAGUCUACAUUAUGAAUACAAUUGCUUCUGGCAAUGGU